GCUGGCUUGGGCAGAGCUUGCAGUAAGGCCAUGAGACCGCCAGAUGAUGCUCCAUACCGCAUCCUGCCGGCAGUGCCGGGACCAGGUGGAAAGUGAAAGGCCUGAGGGUCCGAGUGCGGUCCUGGUAUCCCCAGCGCUAGUAACCUUUCCACCGCCGCCUUCUGCGAACGCCAUGAUCCAGCCCAUGCCCCGGCUCUCUGUGCCCGCGGCGCUGGCCCUGGGAUCAGCCGCUCUAGGCGCUGCCUUCGCCACCGGCCUUUUCCUGGGGAGAUGGUGCCCUCCAUGGCAAUCUCGGCGACAGAAGCGCCUGCUGCCCCCCGAGGACAGCCCCCUGUGGCAGUAUCUGCUGAGCCGUUCCUUGCGGGAGCAUCCGGCCUUACGGAGCCUGCGGCUGCUGACUCUGGAGCAGCCGCUGGGGGAUUCCAUGAUGACCUGUGAGCAGGCCCAGCUUCUGGCCAACCUGGCGCGACUCAUUAAGGCCAAGAAGGCACUGGACCUGGGUACUUUCACAGGCUACUCAGCCUUAGCAUUGGCCCUGGCACUGCCCCCGACUGGGCAUGUGGUGACCUGUGAGGUGAACCCGGGGCCCCCAGAGCUGGGGCGGCCCCUGUGGCGGCAGGCUGAAGAGGAGCACAAGAUCGACCUUCGGUUGAAGCCCGCCCUGGAUACCCUGGAUGAGCUCCUUGACGCAGGCGAGGCUGGCACCUUUGACAUGGCCGUGGUGGAUGCCGACAAGGAGAACUGCACCGCAUACUACGAGCGGUGCCUACAGCUGCUGCGGCCUGGAGGCGUCCUUGCUGUCCUCAGUGUCUUGUGGCGUGGAAAAGUGUUGCAACCCCAACCGGGAGAUCUGGAAACCGAGUGCGUGCGAAACCUGAAUGAGCGCAUCCUGCGGGACGCCAGAGUCCACAUCAGCCUCUUGCCCCUGGGCGACGGCCUCACUUUGGCCUUCAAAAUCUAAGAUUGGCCCUUAACGAUGGGAUCAAUGGAGGGAACCCGGAAACCCCAGCACUCUACCCAGAGUUUUAAAUGUCAAUAAAGUGGGUCCUGGACAAUCUUA